GUGCUGAGAUGGGAGUGAGAAAAUUCUUUCUAUGAGUUAGGUUUAGUAUUAAAUAAGGGCCCUUAUUUGCGUGCAAAAGUUGAUUUCUAUAAUUCUAUUGAAAAAUAGCAACAAUCUCAAAAAGUGGGGUCCUCGUGUUUUUUCAGCAGAGAUAAGGACGACAUUGAUUCUUGGCCUAUAUAAGCGAGAAAGAACCCCCACAACCAAAACUAGCUCUGUUCAAUCAUAGUUCACCAGCUUCAUUCAACUCCAUAAUCCCAUACCUACCCACUAUUCUCUCCUAUACAAAUAUGACAUCUUCCUAUUACUUGAGCUCAGCCCCGUCGGGACAUCGCCGGAAAAGUGGUCUGAGAAAGCGGUGUUUGCUAAUGGUGAAGCAGCAGAAGACCCGGUUCUACAUCCUUGGACGCUGCGUUUCGAUGCUCCUUUGCUGGCAUGAUCACUCCAUAUCAGAUUAGCUUAUAUCCUUAAUUGUAUGCCUAUGGCUAAAGCUAAUUAUACUGUCCCAUUGGCGAUUUCCUCGGUACAAAAAGGCGGCUGCUUUUUGUGGUUUCUGGGGGUGUAGUAGGAGUAGUUGAGGAGCUAUUUUUGGGUCAACGAAGAGAAGAACAAAAAUUACUUUAGAUUUAUGCGAGUAUGGGGAUUUGUUUAAUUAUCACCAAAAGAAAACAGAGAAAAGCAUAUAGCGUUUGUAUAUAUCUGGGAUCUUUGUUACUGUAACAUAUACUAGUUUCUUUUUGGUUGUUGAGAACCAGCUAGUCCCUUGAUUUGCAAUAUGAUCAAUCAUGUACAUAUAAAUUCUAGUCUUUUAAUUCAAUGAAAAGAAAUUGAAAUUCAGACA